CUGAAUGUUGAGGAAAAAGAGGUGUGGUGUUUGUGGUGUUUGAACAGCUGAUUGGUUGACCAGUUUGUUCAGGUGUCAUCAUCGUUUGCUGAAGGUGAACCUGACCGUUUCAGUUCAGACAAACAGCAGCAUGAAGCUCAGCGGUUUCACCUGUGGACUGCUCCUCCUGGUCUUCUCCUCCACAGGAGCAGAGGCGCAGACAGACGUCUGCGGUAAACCCCCCCUCAACACCAAGGUGGGGACCAGGAUCGUUGGAGGCCAAGCUGCUGCUGCGGGGGCGUGGCCCUGGCAGGUCAGGCUGGAUAUAAACGGGGCUCUCUGUGGGGGGUCUCUGAUCAACAACCAGUGGAUCCUGAGUGCUGCUCACUGUUUCAGCAGCACCAGCACUGCAGGUGUGGUCGUUUACCUGGGAGAGACAGAGAUAAACAACAGUCCUAACUCUGUGAGCAGGACGGUGUCCCGGAUUAUUGUACAUCCAAACUACAACAGCGACACUCACAACAACGACGUUGCUCUGCUGAAGAUGGCCUCGUCUGUAACCUUCACUGACUACAUCAGCCCCGUUUGUUUGGCGGCACAGGGCAGUGACUUCCCCGGCGGGACCACCGCCUGGGUCACCGGCUUUGGGACGCUUUCAUCUGGAGGUUCUGCGCCUUCCACUCUGCAGGAAGUGAGCGUUCCCGUUGUGAACAACACUCAGUGUAACUCUUCUUAUAGUAUAAUCACCAGCAACAUGAUCUGCGCUGGUCUGACAGAGGGAGGGAAGGAUUCCUGUCAGGGAGACUCUGGUGGUCCGCUGGUGACUAAAAACGGCACCACGUGGAUCCAGGCUGGAGUGGUGAGCUUUGGAAACAAAUGUGCUCUGCCAAACUUCCCGGGAGUCUACGCCCGGGUCUCAGAGUACCAGACCUGGAUCAGCAGCCUCGUCAGCUCCUCCAGCAUCUCUGCAGCUCACUUCAUCUCCAUGACUGGUCUUUCCGUCCUCUUCUCUGUCUUUGUCCUCUUCUGAGAGCCUUGAAGAAGUUCUUCAGGAUCCACAGAAACAAAGAAGAACUUCACAUUAAACUGGAACACCUCAUGGAGGCACUGAAUAAUUUUAUGUACUCUCUUUUCUGCAAUGUGUUAAUAAUAUUUUAACAGACUUUUCUUGGAUGAACUAAAUUAUACUAAACAUCUACAGUUGAACCUAACUAUUAUUUACAGGCUCCUAAAAAACCCCAAACGUUCACUGUUAUUCUUACGUCUCAGUAAAUAAGAACAAAUCUGAGCAAAUGAAUGAAGGGAAAAUGAAGAGACUCUGCUUUUUAACAAGUUGUGAUUUCUACUGUUGUCUUUGUUUUUAACUCAUGAAGGCUGAAAACCUUUUCCUGGAUUUACUCGGUAACUCUGAUUAAAUGAAGAUGUUUUUGAUUGAAGGACCAAA